AUGAAUUUUUUCAAGAAAUCAUUGCCAUACUUGGCUAUGAUUUUUCAUCAAUUUAACCUUGCAUCCAUGGCGAUCAUUGUAAAGCAUGCUCUGGGCAAUGGUCUGAGCCCACAUGUUCUGGUGGCACUCCGUAUGGUCGUUGUUGCAAUUCUCGUUUCUCCUUUUGCUAUUGUCAUGGAAAGGAACACCCGGCCGAUGAUGACCCUCUCCACCUUUUCUAAGAUCGUAUUGCUCAGUUUAUUCGAACCAGUGCUUAGCCAAAAUUUCUCCUAUAUUGGGAUGAAAUAUACUACUGCAACAUUUAAUGUUUCCAUGAGCAAUAUUCUUCCUGCCAUGACAUUUAUAAUGGCUUGGAUUUUCAGGCUUGAAAUUGUGAAACUUAGGAAGCUACAUGGCCAGGCAAAGAUAGUGGGAACCCUAGUGGCUGUUGGGGGAGGAAUUAUAAUGACAUUUGUAAAGGGAACUCUCCUGGAUUUGCCAUGGACGAAUGGAAGAACCAUAAUUUUCAAGAAAUCGGCAACUGAUGUAGAACAUACAGAUCUAAUGAAGGGUGGCGGACUAAUCGUAGCACAUAUAUUAAGAUCCUACCCUUCAGUGCUCAGUCUCGCAGCUUUGGUUUGCAUUUUAGGCUCCAUCGAAGGCAUCAUACUGGCCUUCCUAGUUGAAAGAGGAAACACGAAAAUCUGGUCAAUCUUCAAUCCAGAUGCUAAACUUUUAGCCGUAAUUUAUGGUGGAAUGAUGUCCUGCUCAACCUAUCUCAUUAUGCGCUGGUUAAUGAAGAAUAGAGGACCAGUUUUUGUAACGUCUUUUAAUCCUCUGGGCAUGGUUCUCGUCACAAUUUUCAGCUCAUUUUUUCUAGCUGAGAGACUCUUCCUAGGAAGGGUUCUUGGAGCAGCUGUGAUUAUCAUUGGACUGUGCAUGGUGUUAUGGGGUAAAAAAAGCAAAGACCAACGUCAUUCAAAUUCACAAAACAUUCAAGACGACGACGGCGUCGCCGCUGCUGCACAAAAUGGUCCGCAAACGGCUGCAAUCAAUGGUGAUAGAGAGAGUCCAAGCCAGUCCAAUGUGAUUGUUGAUGAGUGA